AAGCCCGUGUGAGGAAUUCUCGUCGUUGUCAGCGUCGGAGAACUUAGGAGCCCAGGUUUACGCCAGAACUCCCGUUGGGCACCCGGUCUUGUAAUUGGGAAGAAGGGAGAGCAGAUUUUGUCCGUCUUGAGACAAGUGGUUAUUUUAGUAAAGAUAGUAAUGCUCCAGGCAACCACUUCGUACUAACAGCUGCUGUUACCCGGCAAUGAUCUAAUCAUGUCAAAUAAAGAUGAUCUUGAGACUGCAGUGAUAACUGAAGCAACUCCCAUCCGUGAAGAUGAGAACUUUGAGCCAGUCAAGAAUUUUGAGUCAGUUGACCAGAGUGCCAACUCGGAGAGUAAAUCAGAACCCGCAGCUUCUACUCGGAAAAGACCAGAGUCCAAACCUUCUAGUGACCUUGAGACAGAAGUUUUCCCUGUUCAGGCAUCACAGGCUGCAGGCAAAGAGACUGUUUCCAAAGAUGUACCCCAGUCCGGAUGGGGCUAUUGGGGCAGUUGGGGCAAGUCCUUGCUGUCCUCAGCCUCAGCUACAGUAGCCACAGUAGGACAAGGUAUUUCAAAUGUCAUUGAGAAGGCAGAGACUUCCCUUGGAAUCCCUAGUCCUAGUGAAAUUUCAACGGAAGUCCAGUAUGUAACAGGAGAGACAAGUGCCAAAGAGAAUGGAAACUCCUCUCCAAUGAGUGGGCCGUUUGGGGUAUUCUCGACCAUCUCUACUGCUGUUCAGAGCACAGGAAAGAGUGUUAUCAGUGGGGGUUUGGAUGCCUUAGAAUUCAUUGGAAAAAAGACAAUGGAUGUAAUAGCAGAGGGGGAUCCUGGAUUUAAAAGAACCAAGGGUCUGAUGAACCGGACUUCUACGCUGUCUCAGGUUUUACGAGAGGCAAAGGAGAAAGAAGAACUAUGGACUUCCAAUGAGGUUACCAUGGAAACAGACAAGAAAACUCAUUAUGGGCUACUCUUUGAUGAAUUUCAAGGCCUUUCACAUCUAGAAGCUCUGGAGAUGCUCUCUCGAGAAAGUGAAAUAAAGGUGAAGUCUAUUCUUAAUUCUCUAAGUGGAGAAGAGUUAGAGACUCUGAAACUUGAACUGGAGCAACUCAAAGAAGCAUUUUCCCUGGCAGAGCUCUGUGAGGAAGAGGAGGAAGAGAAGAAAGGGGAUGAAGACUUUACCAAAGAGAUAACAGAGCUAUUUUCCCAGCUGCAUGUCUCCUCCAAACCAGAGAAACUUGCCAGGGCAAGAAAUACAGCCUAUGAGUGGAUCAGGACAUCUCUGGCCAAACCGUUGAAAGAGAAGGAAGAAGGAGAAAAACAUUUGGAAGCAGAAAAACAGUUGGAAGCAGAAAACAUUGAACAGAUCAAUAACAAAUCAAUAGAGGAUAUCCAUGCAUUUGCAAUCCGGAGCCUAGCAGAACUGACUGCCUGCUCAAUUGAACUUUUUCACAAAACAGCGGCUCUGGUUCUACAUGGCCGGAAACAGGAAGUAACAACCAUAGAAAGGAGCAGAGCCCUUUGCCAGAUGACAGUUUUGUUGUGUAAAGAAUUGUCCUGUCUGUCUAAAGAGUUCACCACCUGCCUAACAACUGCUGGGGUUAAGGAAAAGGCUGAUGUCCUUAAUCCAUUAAUCACUGCAGUAUUUCUAGAGGCAUCAAACAGUGCUUCCUACAUUCAGGAUGCCUUUCAGCUACUUUUACCUGUAUUGGAGAUCUCUUUUAUUGAGAACAAGACUGAAUUACCAGAGGCAUGAGCUUCAUGUCCAGAGGCCUUUGUCCGAACAUUAAGGAACAGAGAAGAUUCUACCUGAGACUUGUGAUGGCUGAGAAAUGCCACUCACUUCUGGGUGGCCCUGCAGAAGUGAGGGAGAAAGGUUAUUUUGGUAUAUAAAAAUGCUGGCAGGAGAGCAGAUUUGAAGGAAGUUUGUUGUCUUCACUGCUUGACUGAAGUAUUCAGGUCCUCACACUGCUCUUCCCAGUUGUUAUAAUUAAUAAAUUAUUUGAAAAGAAACUUUUAUAGACAGUUCAAAAAUAAUAGCUCUAGGUGAAAGUUAAUGGGAUACUCAGGCAAAGAUAUUGAUCUUUCUUUGGCAAUAUGUAAAACACUUAAUAUUUUUGUCAUGGAUGUCAUUUUAUAGUCCAUGGAUAUAAUUGGUUGUUAAGAGGAAAAGAAAUUAAAAAAAAAAAAAGAGGAAAAGGAAUUCAGUAUUUUGGAAUUCAUGUGCUUGAUCUGUUAAUGCCAUUUUCUUUCUCCUUUCUAUAAUAAAAUCUAUUGCUUUUAAGAAAA